UUUUUGUGUGUGUGUAUUUGAAUAAACAAAAUGAUUUUAUUUCUUAAAAGGAUCAAUCAAUAAUUUUAUUUAUAAGGGACCUUUUCUUACUACCAGCAGCUCAAAGAGCUGAACAAACAUUUUCUCUCAAUUUUCUCUGAUGAUCAUGCAAAAGGUUAAAAUAAUAUUCAUAAAUACAUAUGUAUAGGAAAAAACAAGGCAAACUACAAAACAAGCCUAAUCAAUUUCUACUUGUUUCUUCUCUUUCCCUCUGUCUGAGCCUUGCUGCAGUGCAUCUGACCUCUGACCUCAAUUCCUCAAACCUGUCCUCCAUGGACCGGAUGAUCUCCCUCCUACAAAACCACUGUGAUGAAAACUGUGAAAACCUUCCUGCCAUUUCCUGCCAAAGUGCUGCUGCAGACAUCAGACCAGCUGACGGGUCUUGAUGAGGGAUUUCCAGAGGAAGGACUGGAACUCCAACCGCUGGCAGAGGCCGUUCCAGAGGCCGAUCCAGAGGCCGAUCCAGAGGCCGAUCCGGAGGCCGUUCCAGAGGCCGAUCCGGAGGCCGUUCCAGAGGCUAUUCCAGUUCCAGAGGCCGAUCCGGAGGCCGAUCCAGAGGCCGAUCCAGAGGCCGAUCCAGAGGCCGAUCCGGAGGCCGUUCCGGAGGCCGAUCCGGAGGCCGUUCCAGAGGCUAUUCCAGUUCCAGAGGUCGAUCCAGAGGCCGUUCCAGAGGCCGAUCCAGAGGCCGAUCCGGAGGCCGAUCCAGAGGCCGAUCCAGAGGCCGAUCCAGAGGCCGAUCCGGAGGCCGUUCCAGAGGCCGAUCCGGAGGCCGUUCCAGAGGCUAUUCCAGUUCCAGAGGUCGAUCCAGAGGUCGUUCCAGAGGCCGAUCCAGAGGCCGAUCCGGAGGCCGAUCCAGAGGCCGAUCCAGAGGCCGAUCCAGAGGCCGAUCCGGAGGCCUUUCCAGAGGCCGAUCCGGAGGCCGUUCCAGAGGCUAUUCCAGUUCCAGAGGUCGAUCCAGAGGCCGUUCCAGAGGCCGAUCCAGAGGCCGAUCCGGAGGCCGUUCCAGAGGCUAUUCCAGUUCCAGAGGCCGUUCCAGAGGCCGAUCCAGAGGCCGAUCCGGAGGCCGAUCCAGAGGCCGAUCCGGAGGCCGAUCCAGAGGCCGAUCCGGAGGCCGUUCCAGAGGCCGAUCCGGAGGCCGUUCCAGAGGCUAUUCCAGUUCCAGAGGUCGAUCCAGAGGUCGUUCCAGAGGCCGAUCCAGAGGCCGAUCCGGAGGCCGAUCCAGAGGCCGAUCCGGAGGCCGUUCCAGAGGCCGAUCCGGAGGCCGUUCCAGAGGCUAUUCCAGUUCCAGAGGUCGAUCCAGAGGCCGUUCCAGAGGCCGAUCCAGAGGCCGAUCCGGAGGCCGAUCCAGAGGCCGAUCCGGAGGCCGUUCCAGAGGCCGAUCCGGAGGCCGUUCCAGAGGCUAUUCCAGUUCCAGAGGUCGAUCCAGAGGCCGUUCCAGAGGCCGAUCCAGAGGCCGAUCCGGAGGCCGUUCCAGAGUAUAUUCCAGAUCCAGAGGUCGUUCCAGAGGCCGAUCCAGAGGUCGAUCCAGAGGCCGUUCCAGAGGCUAUUCCAGUUCCAGAGGUCGAUCCAGAGGCCGAUCCAGAGGCCGUUCCAGAGUAUAUUCCAGAUCCAGAGGUCGUUCCAGAGGCCGAUCCAGAGGUCGAUCCAGAGGCCGUUCCAGAGGUCGAUCCAGAGGCCGAUCCAGAGGUCGAUCCAGAGGCCGUUCCAGAGGUCGAUCCAGAGGCCGUUCCAGAGGUCGAUCCAGAGGCCGAUCCAGAGGCUAUUCCAGGUGUAACUCGUGACCAACACACCUGCUAAAGUCCAGGAAGGAGCAACCUAAAUCCACACUGUGAAGGACGACCUGUCUGUAAUACCCAUCUAGAUCACAACUCUAAAUCUGAAACAACAGAGUGAGUAGCAAAAAAUUCACUCUACCAAGUAUCCAGUUCAACACCUUCUGACACCCAGGAGGACGACGUCCAGAGCAACAGCUAGUUUAUCUGAAAGUUUCUCCACUAAAAGAACUAUUGCUGGUCCACUGGCGAGUGGUCGAAGCGGAGAGUGAAGAUUUGGACCAACAUUUUCUGACAGGAUGUAACAAAUCCUUCUGAGCAGAUAGACUAUCAGUGUUCCUGUUUCUACAGCACUUUCCCUACUUUCCAGAUGGAAAAUCUACGCUUUCUUAAUGGGUUUUUAUUUAUUACUUCACUUUAUUUUAUUUUUUUUAGGGGUUUUCCUAGAAACACAUGACAUUUACUAACUUAAUUAUGAUCAUUCUUAGUUCUUUCCCUUCAAAAGAGUUUAAGAAUUUAGAAAUUCAUUCUUCUAGGCAUAAGUGAAGUAAACUUAACAUAACUCAAAUGUGUGUAAAAUUAAAGUUUAGCUGAUAACUUUAAAGGUAUAGACUUAGUUAAUUAUAAGUUAAGCACCGGAAAUAUACAAAUUUAUGUUCUCUGUACCACAUUAAAAAUAAGAACUUAAGAUUUAGGUUAAACAAAUAAACUACAUGUCUUAAUAUUCAAAGUCAGGCUGUAACACAAAAAAAGAGAAAAUCGACUUCAGACAUUACUUGUUUUUUCAUAUGUCUACUUUUAACCAAAGGGGAUGAAAUCAGAUGUUGUUUAUGAUUUGGGUUUAUUUAGGAACAAAGAGGAUGAAGUUUAAUUUGAAAUUGUUUUGUUUUAUUUUGAAGGGUCUGCAUUAGAAUGAGAUGGGGCAACUUUAAAAUUUUACUUGUUGAUUAUAAUACAACAUGGGUUAUAUUAAAAUCAAAGAGGAUGAGAUUGUAUUGGAUUUUAAUUAGAUUUUCAUAGGAGGAUGACUUACCAUUACAUAAACUUUAAAUUUACAUUUAGGAUUAAAAUUAGUGUAAAACCUAAAUUUUCAUUACCAUAAGCAACAUAAAAUGAAAUAAUUCAUAAAGAUCAUGUGUUAGGGAAGUUUAAUGAUUGAAAUCCAUGCACUUAUUUUGCAGAGAAGAAUUUGGGAUUGAAAUAAUUACUUAUUAAAGCAAUUAGAAAUAUUACUUAGAAACGGUUUGGUAUUCCUCUGCUGCUUUAUUUCCAAAUACAUUAUUUCAAAUUUCUCCUUUUGAAGUUCCCUUAAAGAUGACAAACAUAUAGAGGACUGCCUCCCUGGCCAGGAGGAGAACUGCAGGAUAACUUUUCCUACCAAACACAAUCAUGUGGUUACAGGAUGAAUGGAUGACUGCCGGUAGGUUUUUCCUAUCUUGCGUAUAUGUUUUUGUUUCAUCGUACAGAAUAAUGUUUCAAUGACUAAAUGAAUAUGUAAUGUCUUAAAAUGUAUGGGAUAAUCUUUACUUCUCACCAUAAAAAUUGUAGAAAUUUCCUUUUAUAUAAUCAGUGGGAUGGAAUAAAUUUGACGUAUGAUUGAUAUUAAAUAUUACAUAUUUACUUAUAAUCAAAAGGGGGGAAAUGUAGUGGAAAAAUUUAAGUAAGGUCACGCCUGCUAGUUGUAUUGCUAUAUGUUUAUUCUAAGUUCUGUAUUUUCCCACCAAGUUAAACUAUUUUGGUUACA